AUGACCUCCUUCGCCGCUCGGUCGGUGAUACGCUCCGUCUCCACAUCCGCACGAGGCGCCGCCGUCAUAAUCUCGGCUGGUACUAAGCCCAAGGCUUCUCCUUCCCCUUUUCGCGUUCCGACUCAGAAACCCCUUUCCGCUCGCAUUUUCAGGUCACCUGUGGAGAUGAGCAGCGUGGCUUCUAUGCUGCCGUACCACACCGCAACCGCCUCUGCGCUUCUCACCUCUAUGCUCUCUGUCGCUCCACGCUGCCACGCUUGGACUCUUGAAGGUCAAAAAAGGACUAGGUGA